UCCCUGAAGGCGUGCGAGCGGAAGUAGUUUACUCCAGCGACCGGAAGUUCUGCGAAAAGACAGGAACAACAAAGAAGAGAAAGUGCCCGGGUUUUAAACCUACUUGAGAGCACACCAAAUCAAAAACCCAAGGAAAUUAACUAUCGUUCCCAGUAGGGCAAAAGAAUUUGGUUUGCAUGUGAGGUUAAGUGUCUGCCGAGCCAACCAUGGCGAACAAUGCAGAGGAUAUCGAAAACAAUAUGGACCAACAGGAGACCAAUGUCGCCCCUGAACCCACCCUGCAGCCCCAGGAGGCUACAGUGACCAGAGCAAGGUCCAGAGGAGGAGGAGGAGGUGGUGAUGGUGGAGGUGGAGGAGAUGGUAGAGGAAGUGGCAAUGGCAGUGGACCAGAGCAGAACGGGCAGCCCCCCGCCGCUCGACCCGCCCGUGUGGUGGAGGCCGAGGAGGACGAGGAUGAAGAGCUGACCUUGAAAUACGGGGCCAAGCACGUCAUCAUGCUGUUUGUUCCCGUGACCCUGUGCAUGGUGGUUGUCGUGGCGACCAUAAAGUCCGUCAGCUUCUACACGCAGAAUGACGGGCAGAGAUUGAUCUACACACCGUUCCCUGAAGACACGGACACCGUCGGACAGAGAGCCCUCAACUCCAUCCUGAACGCCACCAUCAUGAUCACUGUGAUCAUCGUCAUGACUCUGGUGCUGGUGCUGCUAUACAAGUACCGCUGCUACAAGGUGAUCCAAGGAUGGCUCUUCCUCUCCUCCCUCCUCCUGCUCUUCUUCUUCUCCUACAUCUACCUCAAGGAGGUUUUCAAGACCUACAACGUGGCCAUGGACUAUUUCACCCUGGCGAUAAUAAUUUGGAACUUCGGAGUGGUGGGCAUGAUGUGCAUUCACUGGAAAGGACCGCUGCGGCUCCAGCAGGCCUACCUCAUCAUGAUCAGCGCCCUCAUGGCCCUGGUUUUCAUCAAGUACCUGCCAGAAUGGACCGCCUGGCUCAUAUUAGCCGUCAUAUCUGUCUAUGAUCUGUUAGCAGUGCUCUGUCCCAAAGGGCCGCUGAGGAUCCUGGUGGAGACGGCUCAGGAGAGGAACGAGCCCAUCUUUCCAGCCCUCAUCUACUCUUCUACAAUGGUGUGGCUCGUCAACAUGGCCGACACUGACAGGCCAAAAAGGAACUCGACAGAAGCAACACCACCUCAACAACAAGCUCAAGAAGCCUUGUCGUCUCCGGCUGCCACCAGUCUGUCACAGGACGACGGGGGCUUCACCCCCAACUGGGUCAACCAGCAGCAGCACCAGCUGGGGCCGAUCCAGUCCACCGAGCAGACCAGAAGGGAGGUCCAGGAGAUGCCGUCCGCUCGGCCUCCUGUUGAAGACGACGAUGAAGAGAGGGGCGUCAAGCUCGGCCUCGGAGACUUCAUCUUCUACAGCAUGCUGGUGGGAAAGGCCUCGGCCACAGCCAGCGGCGACUGGAACACCACGCUCGCCUGCUUCGUAGCCAUCCUCAUCGGCCUGUGUCUGACCCUGCUCCUCCUCGCCAUCUUCAAGAAAGCGCUCCCCGCUCUGCCCAUCUCCAUUUUCUUCGGCCUGGUCUUCUACUUCGCCACAGACAACUUGGUACAGCCCUUCAUGGACAAGCUGGCGCUACACCAGUUCUACAUUUAGCAGGACGCUGCCCUGAUAACCCUCACCCACAUAGCCCUCCGGCCAACAACACCAGAGCGGUCCCUUUACAGCCGGGGGAACAAAGGGCGAUGCAGGGGCCCCUCCUGCCCCAGCAUCCCCUUCUAAGAACUCAUGACGACGGGACACAAGUUGUUUUUGUUCUGCCUUUCUUUUCCGACGCCACGGGAAGGCAUCCCCCACGACAGCUGUUCUUAAAUAUUUUAAUUCUGUUUAUAACCAAGAAGUGACAUUUCUCGCUCAACCUGGGACCUCAUCUCCAUCGGUCUCGGGCUCCGUAAAGAGAAAAUAGUGGGGAUUUUUUUCUUGCCGUUAUUUAUCCAGGGAGGCUUUCUAAAAGCUCGUCUGCUCCUUUACAGCAGCGCCCUGCGUCACAGCCACUCACAUCGACACCAGUGCGACCACGCUCUUCUACAGCCGGGGCUCUACAGCAGGUGCCUUGCUCAGGGACACCUUGGCGGUAGCUGUCAAGCAAAGGGAGGCGGUUUUUUUAUCAAGUCUCCCUUCAAAGACUUUGAUCGUCAUUUUCCGACUCGUGAGCUGCCACCACCACCCCCCCAAACUCGACCCACGAUUUAAAAAAAAAAAGCCUUCAUCAAGCUGGACACUCUAUGAUGAUAUUGAUAAUAGAUUGGUAAAUGUGUAGUUUGAUUGUGUUUGAGCUGUCAGUCACCAGACGUGCUUUCCUCACCGCUGUUAAGAAUGGUUUGAAAUGUGUUUUUCUUCCCCCCACUUUAGACACAUGAAACCAAAUCUCUGGCGCCGGAGCGAUUCACACCCCGAAAGAUUCACGCUUGAAAUCUUUCUCACGAGGGGGAACAAAGUGGACGAUUUAUUGUGUUUGGAUUUGAAUUAUGAGUCUUAUUGUGACACUGACGCAUCAGAUAUUUCACUAUGAUUUCUGCCCUUAAAUCACAUUUGAAUUCAGAGCCUGCAGAGGGAGGAAAGUUCGCAUACACACACACACACUGACACACUCACACCUGAGACUUGCCUGCCACGUCAGUCACGUACUGUCAGCCACUGAGCAGUUCUGCUGGAGCAGUCGGAGGUUCAGUGCCUUGCUCAAGGGCAUUUCAGUAGUAGUAGUUGAUGUUGUUAUUGUGGGACAGAAAUGUGCUUUUCAUUCUCCUUCCUGACUGAAAUUUUCUUAUUUUUUUUGUGUGUUUAUUUUCCCACCUGUCCAGGGAUUGUAACCUGUGAUCAUCUGGUCACAAACUCUGAACCUUUAGGCUAUAGCUGCCCUCAUGACGCUCGCCUGGUGCUGUCUGGAACUAUGCUACAUCAAGAACAAAAAAAAAAAAACCCACAUUAUUUCGACGAUACACAAAUAACUUGUGUCGGGUUUUUUUUUCGUUUUUUUUUUCAAGAUAUGCAGAUGAGAAACUUUGUACUUUUUGAAUCAUGGGGGUAAAUGUCAACAGGGUCUUACACACAAAAAAAGGAACAUCUGGGAAGAAAAAAACGCUGAAAACAAAUAAAACUUUUGACAGAAAUUCUGUGUGUGUAUUGAGGAAAAUACUAAAUCCUGAUGAGUGAGGGAGUUGUAGAUUUAGUUUGAUUUGAUACUUGAAUUUGUGAGGAGUUUUGGAAAAAGUUAUGAAGGAUUAUUAGUGAAACUGGCUAUUUUUGGUCAAGUUAAACUCAAACCAAAAAGUUUAAAUCAAGGCGAUUUAUGUACAAACAAUCGAGAUGUGUAUGAACCCACGCUUCUGAGCUGAUAGUGGAGGACGAGCUGCACUGAUCGCUCCGUCGUAGCUGCACUCACACUUGCAGAGACGAAACCAAGAGGGAACAACGUAGUAAUAUUUGUUCUGAAUGUUUGUUUGUUUUUCUCCCUUCUUCCCUUUCUGUUUAUAGGGAGUAUGUUGGGUGACUGGCUUUUUUUCUGUCCUUCACAUGCAUAUGUGUG